CCUGCCCGCGCCCGGCGCCAUUGCUGCUGCUGCUGCCGGCGAGAGCGGCCCCAGCGCCCCCGGCCCGGACAUGGCCACCGACUCCUGGGCCCUGGCCGUGGACGAGCAGGAGGCGGCGGCCGAGUCGCUGAGCAGUUUACACCUGAAGGAGGAAAAACCCAAACUAGAUGCCAAUGGUGCUGUAAUCAAGGCUGAUGACAAUGUGGAGAAGACAGAGGAUGAGGAGAAGGAGGACAGAGCUGCCCAGUCCCUGCUGAACAAGCUGAUCCGCAGCAACCUGGUGGACACCACCAACCAAGUGGAGGUGCUGCAGAGGGACCCCACAUCACCUCUCUACUCCGUCAAGUCUUUCGAGGAGCUGCGACUGAAACCACAGCUGCUGGAGGGAGUCUAUGCCAUGGGCUUCAACAGACCAUCCAAGAUCCAAGAGAAUGCCCUGCCCAUGAUGCUGGCUGAGCCCCCACAGAACUUGAUUGCACAGUCUCAGUCUGGUACUGGCAAGACAGCUGCCUUUGUCCUGGCCAUGCUCAGCCGUGUGGAGCCUGGCAACAAGUACCCACAGUGUUUGUGCCUUUCCCCAACCUAUGAGCUGGCUCUUCAGACAGGAAAAGUCAUUGAGCAGAUGGGGAAGUUCUAUCCGGAGCUGAAACUGGCCUACGCUGUCCGAGGCAACAAAUUGGAGAGAGGCCAGAAGAUCUCGGAGCAGAUCGUGAUCGGCACGCCCGGCACGGUGCUGGAUUGGUGUUCCAAGCUCAAAUUCAUAGACCCCAAGAAAAUCAAAGUCUUUGUUUUGGAUGAGGCUGAUGUGAUGAUAGCAACCCAGGGCCAUCAGGACCAGAGCAUCCGCAUUCAGAGAAUGCUCCCCAGAGACUGUCAGAUGCUUCUGUUCUCAGCCACUUUUGAGGAUUCAGUGUGGAAAUUUGCUCAGAAAGUUGUUCCAGACCCAAACAUCAUCAAACUGAAGCGAGAGGAGGAGACUCUGGACACUAUAAAGCAGUACUAUGUCCUGUGCAAUAACAGAGAUGAGAAGUUCCAGGCUCUCUGUAACAUCUACGGUGCCAUCACCAUUGCCCAGGCCAUGAUCUUCUGCCAUACUCGGAAGACAGCAAACUGGCUGGCAGCAGAGCUUUCCAAGGAAGGCCAUCAGGUGGCAUUGCUCAGUGGGGAGAUGAUGGUGGAGCAGAGAGCUGCUGUCAUCGAGCGCUUCCGAGAGGGCAAGGAGAAGGUGCUGGUGACCACCAACGUCUGUGCCAGAGGGAUUGACGUGGAGCAGGUCUCUGUGGUGAUCAAUUUUGACCUUCCUGUGGAUAAAGAUGGCAAUCCAGACAACGAGACCUAUCUGCACCGGAUCGGGCGUACAGGGCGCUUCGGCAAGCGAGGACUGGCCAUCAACAUGGUGGACAGCAAGCACAGCAUGAACAUCCUCAACAGAAUCCAGGAACAUUUCAACAAAAAGAUAAACAAAUUGGAUACCGACGACUUGGAUGAAAUUGAGAAGAUAACUAACUGAAGCCCAGCUGCUGGCACUGGAAGCUCUCCCAUUCCAAUUGGAUCAGUGUUGGGAUUGGCACCGCCGCUCAGCUAAGUUUCCCCCCCCCCAACAACAACAACAACAACGAAAGGACCUUUUUUUGAGUACACCAAAAUUACCUCAUUUCCAAAUUACAGUUGGGACUUUCAAAUUGUGCAACGGUGGGGGAAAGAAGAGGAGAUGUUUACAGAAGCUUUGAACAUUUCUUAGUUUUAGCCUUAAAAUAGUGGGGGGGGGGGGGGGGGAAAGGACAACAAAAAAAACCCUUCUUUUGUUUGGUUGGAUUCUAUAGACACUUGCCAAAAAAAAAACCCAACCCCAACCCAAUCCCAAACAAACCAAAAGGGCAAGAGGUAAUUCUCUCCAAUUUUAAACCCCCCCAAAUUAAUUGCCUUUUAAUUGGAGGAAGGUUCAGCAUUAACCUCAUCAGUUAAAAUCCAGCAGAUAAUGAAGUAGAGAAUCAAACCCCCUCAAUCAAGGCAGCUGAUUUUUGGCUAAGUACUCGACUUGUACAAAAGACUCCUUCGCUCUGGCGCUCCCCUCAAGCUCUUUUAAGCCUCAUUUUUCUGGGCUUCCUGAUGGAUACUUUUGUCUUUUCCCCUGCUUUUCCUUAGGUAGAUUGUCCCAGGGAUGUCUCCUGCUGACAAAACACAGGUGCCACCUUGGGGUUUUUUUUGCUGGGCAGUGUUUUUCUUUGUUCCUAUGUUCCUCCACUGAACAGGGCUUCAGGUCCUGCUCUAGGAGUCGAACUGAAGCCUUGAGUGAAGGGUGGGUGGGGAAGGGCAGGAUGGAGGGAACUGUGCUAAUUAAUUGUGUGGUAAAUUCACCUCCAGAAAAUGCUAAUCACUGGUGAAGUUGGGGGGAGAGGGGUGGAGUGGGUUGGUCUCCUUUCAGCCAGGUGGUGCCAGUUCUAAGAUGCUGCUGGGUGAAGCUUUGUGUGAAUAAUGUCCAGAUCUGCUUGGGCUUCAGCCAUCAGGAACAGGAAGAAAACUGAACAAAUAAACCAUAAUAGUAAUCAUGAUAGCUCCUACUGACCAAAAACCCACCUGGACAACACCAAAACUGACCUGGUACAGCAUCUUUUGAGUUCAUGUUGCUCAGCCAAAACGCAGAGGGGAAGCUGCUCCUUCUAGUCCCUUGCCCUCAGGGUGAUCCUUGCCAGGAGGAGGAGGAAUGAUCCACAUCUCCUGUCCCUGGGCUGUUAGGAAGGAUCCAUCCUUCCUGUGCCAGGGCUGUUGGGAAGGAUCCAUGCCUCUUGUCCCCAGGCUGUGAGGAAGGCUGUCAGGAAGGAUCCAUCCUUCCUGAUUCAGGUCUGUCAGGAAGGAUCCAUGCUUCUUGUCCCCAGGCUGUCGGGAAGGAUCCAUCCUUUCUGUUUCUGGUCUGUCAGGAAGGAUCCAUGCCUCUUGUCCCCAGGCUGUUGGGAAGGAUCCAUCCAUCCUGUUUCAGGUCUGCCAGGAAGGAUCCAUCCUUUCUGUUUCAGGUCUGUCAGGAAGGAUCCAUGCUUCUUGUCUCCAGGCUGUUGGGAAGGAUCCAUCCUUUCUGUUUCUGGUCUGUCAGGAAGGAUCCAUGCUUCUUGUCCCCAGGCUGUUGGGAAGGAUCCAUCCUUUGUUUCAGGUCUGCCAGGAAGGAUCCAUCCUUCCUGUUUCAGGUCUGUCAGGAAGGAUCCAUCCUUCCUGUUUCAGGUCUGUCAGGAAGGAUCCAUCCUUCCUGUUUCAGGUCUGCCAGGAAGGAUCCAUCCUUCCUAUCCCCAGUCUCUUGGCUCUGCUGGAACCACUCCUGUGCAGAGCCACAAGCCUGUGGGUUCUUCCUCAGCUUAAGUUUCCAGGAGAAGGAGGUUGUUAACUCCAGCAGAGCUAUUUUUGUUUUGGGAGAGCAGGGGUGGGGGGGGAGGAAAAAAGGGACAGAACUUGAGGCAGCCAUCAGCCCACACCACUGGGUGCAGGAAUCACUUCUAAAAGCUCGUGUGGAAAUUCCAACUGGGGAUUUUUCUCUUUGCAAUUUUGGCCAUCAGAUUCUAUUCCAAGCUAGAAAAAAAAAUGAAUCCUUUUACCAAGUACAAGAAAAAAAAAAAAGAGGCAAAAUAAUAAUAAUAAUAAAAAGGUUUCAUUUAAAAUGUACCUAAAAUUUUAGGCUGAAUAAAACACCCAAAAAAAAAUUCGUGCACCCUUUUAGCAAUUUGUACAAAGGCUUUAAUGAAGAAAAGGUUAAAAAAAAAGACCAAAAAAAAGGGGAAAAAAAAAACAAAAAGGAAGAAAAACAACAAAAAAAAAGGAAAACUCAAAAAGCAUCUUUUGUAUUCUGGGGUGUAUCUAUUUUUAUUCUGUUGGCAACCUAUUUAAAAGUGGCAGGUGAUGAGUGAGUGCUUGAGGGGUGAGUGGCAGACGUUGUUUUUGGUCAGCUGCUUUUGAGGGUACAGCUGAAUGGACCUGGUGGCAGCAGAGAAUUGGGUUGGAAUUGUCAGGAAAACAAAAAGCUGCUGCUGCUGCCUCUGUGUGCUGUUUCUAAUGGACUUUUAAUUGGAAUAAAGAACACAUCCUGAA